CUCCAGUGUGCGGGAUCCAAGAUGGUGCUCACCAGGUCGGCUCGGCCUCCGGCCACCAGACAGGUGGUGCCGGCUGGGAAUUCGAGACAGAAGAAUACUUCUGCUAAAACCAAGGAAGUAAAUCCAAAAAAUGAGAAUGAAUCUGAACCUGAUGAUCCAAGUACUGAUGAAUUGCAGGAUCAGACCACUGAGAGACAAAGUCCAACUCCUAGAACUCCACCUAAAUCUAGAAAGAGAAAGAGUAGAAACGCAGACCCACUGCUAGAAAAGACCAAACCAUCUACUGACGGAGAGAUCUCUGAAGCAGAGUCAGAAUGUUCCUCUGAGACUGAAGUUCAGGAGACCAUAUUAAGAGUAACUAGGAGAAGGCAAAUUUUAGUUGUGUGCACGCCUAGUGUGAGGAAAAAGGUAAAAGAUGUUCCUAAAAGUGAGUCUAAUACUGAAGAAGUCUCUGACGCAGAAUCACAUGUUUCAGGUGUCUCUAGAGUUACAACUCCCACAGUAAAAACUACAAGAACUAGAAAAAAUAAAACCAAAUCUGUAAUAGAGCCAAGACAAGAGUCAAAUGUGGAAACAAUUUCUGUUGCUGAGUCAUCAUGCUCAGAUGCUUCCACAUGUUCUGGAAUUGAAAUUAGGAGAACAACGAGGAGUGUGCAGCGAAAAUUACAGUCACAGACUGAAGAAAAAAAUACAAUGGUACUAAGAAAUGAAAAGCACAUCAAAAAUGUGCCUUUGGAUUCAGGAGAUUCAGUUAUUGGACAAACAUUUCAUGAUUGUGAUUUUGAUAACAAGUUUCUCCGCAGAAAUUCAGGAGAAAAACUAAUAGUGCAUAAAUGCCAAUCUCUUACUGUAGGAGGGGAAAACAAAGCUGCUGAUCCCGCUCCCAAAGAAAUAACAAAUCAGAAUUCUAAGAGCUUAUAUGAAGAGUCCAAAGAAAGUGAUGAAAAAGAAGUGAGUGAGAAAAAUUCAUGGUUAAAGAGCCCAUCUGAACUUCAGAACACUAGAUUUCAACAGUUAAUUUCUCAAAGGCAUUCAACCCCUCAAAAUAGCAAAACCACAUCAGAAUCCUCAAAUUCGGACGGUGCUAUUAUGAAGUCACUAGCCAAAACAUUUGAAACUGUGGAGAUGAAUGGAGGAUGUGACGAAAGAAUGAACACCAUGAAAUCAAGUGAUCUGAAAGAAUUGGAUAUGGGUGAGAGUGAUGAAGAAGAACGUACAAUGAUAGCUGUCAGUAAAGACACGAAUGAAGAAAAGGUUGAAGAAAGGGAUGCAGAUUUAGAGUGUAAUACUAAACUGUAUAAUUUGGAGUGGCACACACCUCAGGAAAAAGAGGAUUCUGUUCUGUUAGUCCUCAGCAGCGAUGAGAGCCAGCAGUCUGAAGACAGUGAGGAUGAAGAGGACACUGUGUGUUUUGUUGACAGUUGUGGUCAACAGGAGUCAUUAAUUAGAGACUCUGAAAAUACAUCCUGCGACAAUUCCUUGUUUGUAAUCGAUAAAACUCCUGGAUUGAGUUCUGAUAAAAAUUUUUACUUGGAUGAGAAAGACAAGGCAAGUGAGAUUGCCAGUGAGGAAGGAAGCGAGGAGGAAGAGGAUGGAAAAAGUGAAGAAUCAUCAUCAGACCACGAGAAAAGUAAAGAUAGUGAGUUUAGUGAUGAAGAUGACUUACUCAGUAAUACAAAAUCUAAACUCCUGAAGUUGACAAGCAGCAGCAUAGACCCUGGUCUAAGUAUCAAGCAACUGGGUGGUUUGUACAUUAAUAUCAAUGCGAAUAAAUUACAGUCAAAUAAGAAAACUCUUACACAAAUCAAGGAAAAAAAGAAAAAUGAGCUUCUGCAGAAAGCUGUCAUUACACCUGAUUUUGAGAAAAACUACACUGUCCCACCAUACCACGAAUCACAAUAUCAACUUCAGAAAAAACGCAGAAAAGAACGACAAAAAACAGCAGGUGAUGGCUGGUUUGGCAUGAAAGCACCAGAAUUGACAGAUGAACUAAAAAAUGAUCUGAAAGCAUUGAAGAUGAGAGCUAGCAUGGACCCAAAAAGAUUUUACAAGAAAAAUGACAGGGAUGGUUUCCCCAAAUACUUCCAGAUUGGAACCAUUGCUGACAAUCCAGCUGACUUCUAUCAUUCACGGAUUCCCAAGAAAGAAAGGAAGAGGACUAUUGUGGAAGAACUGCUGGCUGAUUCUGAGUUCAGAAGAUAUAACCGAAAGAAGUACUCCGAAAUCAUGGCUGAAAAAACAGCAAAUGCUGCAGGAAAGAAGUUUCGAAAGAAGAAGAAAUUUCGCAAUUAAAAUUGACAAAUCA